AGCAAAUGAACAGGAAGAAAAGAUGGCGGCGAGGAACGGAAAGAAUAGUAUACUGGAAAAAUGGAGGAUUGAUGAAAAGCCUGUGAAGAUUGACAAAUGGGAUGGUGCAGCUGUGAAGAACUCUCUAGAUGAUGCAGCUAAGAAGGUUCUGAUUGAAAAAUAUGGCUACCUUGAGAGUUUCAACUUGGUGGAUGGACGUCUGUUCAUUUGCACAGUCUCCUGCCUUUUCGCCAUUGUAGCUUUAAUUUGGGAUUACCUCCACCCGUUUCCUGAGUCCAAGCCUGUGCUGGCGUGCUGUGUGGUUUCAUACUUCAUUAUGAUGGGGAUUUUGACCCUGUACACUUCCUACAAAGAGAAGAACAUCUUCCUCGUGGCCAUGCAGAAGGACCCAGCAGGAAUGGACCCAGAUCACAAUUGGUGUCUGUCCUCCAGCCUAAAAAGGUUUGAUGACCAGUACACAUUAAGAAUGUCCUUCACUGACGGGAAAACCAAGCAGUCGAGGGAAACCGAGUUUACAAAGUCAGUAAGCGUUUUCUUCGACGAGAACGGGACGCUGGUGAUGGACCAAUACGAAAAAUACGUCUCCAAGCUUCACGACACUCUGGCCACAGAGAAGAAGACGAAGUAAACGGUUAGUGGAAAUGACGGCACCAGCUUUCAGCGACCCAGCACACACAAUUUAAUGGUGGCUUUAGUGGACAAAACACUGAUGUUUUUCAGGCUAGUUUGAGUUCAGCUCUCAACUGUAAUAAUAUAGAAGUGUUUCGUUUAAUUGCUUAUGUUUCAAACAAACAAACAAAAAGGUCCAAAUGUCUGUUUUGUUAUCCAUAUUUUUUAAAUGUAAGAUCAGUUGAUAAGGCAGACGUUUCUAUGAUAUUCAUCAUUUAGUGUGUGCAGUAUAUUUUAGGUACAUUUAAAUAAAUGAAAUGGUAUGUAAUCAGAUACAAAUGCCAGAGUUUUAUGGUGGAAAUGUAUAUUUUCAUCAAACAAAAGUCACUUCUUUCUUGGAGGCGAUCAAUGUUAGUGUUUCCACAUUUCACAAUGCCUAUUGAAUAAUGUGUCUGAUUUACAUCUGAUUAUCAGUAUAUGUACACAUUUUGUCCCGAGAGCCUUAAGUCAGUUUUUCAAUUUUUUUUCUUCCUGUUUUGAAUUUUAUCUGUUAUUUAGGCUUUAAAAGACAGCAAAAAA